AUGUUGCAUAAUAAAGUAUGAUUUAGAGAUAAAAUAGAUUUAUUGUCCAAAUUUGGGAGAUUCAAGAGCAGUGAUGUUAAGUAGAACAAACAAAUGGUUCAUUAAAAAUUUAUCAAGAGAUCAUAAACCAGAUUGUUAAGAUGAAGCUGAACGUAUAAUUAAUCAUGGAGGAAGAAUUGAUCCUUAUAAAGAUUAAAAGGGAUUUAUUAGUGGACCAUUAAGAGUAUGGACUAAUAAUAAUAUUCCAGGAUUAGCUAUGACAAGAUCUGUUGGUGAUUAAAUUGCUAAAGUUGUUGGAGUUAUAGAUAAACCAGAAAUAUUUAAUUUCAUUCUUGAAAAAAUGGAUAGAGUUAUCUUACUUGGAUCUGACGGAGUGUUUGAGUUUCUUUCUUAAUAAGACAUUCUUGACUCUAUUAUUCCUUAUGUUGAUAGAAUGGAUAUUGAAACUGCUUGCAAUCACUUAUUAGAAAUGGCUCAUGUGAGUUGGGUUCAAAGAGGAAACAAAGUUAUCGAUGAUAUUACUUUUAUAUUGAUAUUUAUGUAAUAUUGA